AUGUUAGAAUCUACGUGUCCUGUGUGUAAGACAGAUUCUUAUUUGAAUCCUGAAAUGGUUCUUUUUAUUAGUCCGUGUUUUCAUAAAAUGUGCGAAUCAUGUCUACGACGACAUUACAUUAAUGGCAUAAAUAAAUGUCCUGAAUGUGGUGUAGAACUUCGUAAAGUUAAUUACAUGUCUGCCACUUUUGAAGAUAUAGAAGUAGAAAAAGAAUGUAGAAUUAGAAGACAAUUAGAUAGAUUUAUAAAAACAGAAGAAGAUUUUGACACACCUGUUGAAUAUAAUGAUUAUCUAGAAGAAAUAGAAAAUUUGGUAUAUGAACUUUUAGAAUACAAAAGUGAUUCUCUCAUUAAAAAGAAAAUAAAUGAGAUAGCAGCUGCAUCAACUAAAGCAGUAGCACAGAAAAAGAAUAUUGAGCUAGAAGAAGUAUUUGUUGUUGAUAAAUCUAUUAAACCACUAAUACAGGAAUAUAGAGAUAUUGAGAUUCCUGGCAACAUUUUAAAUCCCAGUCUUAGUGGUGGAUUAUCAAAAGAUUUUAUAAUUUCAUUUUUAAUUAGUUUGUAA